AAAAAAAGAGCACAGAUUAAUUCUGUUCAUUUUCCAUCAGUCCAUUGCACUUCUUCCAUGUCCCAGUUAGAAACCUUGGAUCCUAUCAUUUAUGUUGAUGUUGUCCAGUGCUAUUGGUCCAAUGGGAAUUACAAUGGUUUCUUUUAACAGGAUUGUUGUCCCUGCCUCAAUAUCCAAGAGAGACUGGGUUAUUCAGUACCAUCUAUUCAUUGUUCUAUCAGAUUCUCUUCCAAUGGAAAAUAUUCCAGCUUUUGCUCCCCAUUAUUGGAACCUUCAGUGCUCAUAGCUGCUAAUGGUUCUGUAAUUAGUUCCUCAGUGACUCUGUAUAAAGCUUUGCUUUUGUUUUCCAUCACAUGAUCUACUGUCAUUUCUUUCACAUUCCGUGUAAGUGAAUCUAAUUUGUAUUCCUGGUAAUUCAGUUAGGGGGGGCAUGUGAUUAGUGCUGCUGUGGGUUCUCAUUCUUCUACAGCUGAAUGUGUGCCACCAGGCUGUUCUGGAGUAAAUAUGUGCUGUCCUGAGACUUCAUGCUUAAAAUACCAGAAAAAAGAGCUAAUAAUGUUCCUUGAGUGAUUUGGUUUAGUUGUGUUCCAGUUGGGAUGUUGAACUUCUUGUUGUUAGUGACAGUAAUAUUAGCUGCUAUCUAUGUUGUGCAAGUUCUGUGUCAGUUCCAUGUGUUACACAGUUGGACUGAAUAUGAUAGAUGGCUUCAGAAUAGUAAAACUAUUUGGGUGCAAAGGUCAGAGAGUUCAUUGAGUCAUGGGAGUUGAGAUUUGUCAGGCCUGUUGCCUUUCCGCCUUGUUCCAGUUGACUGAGCUUCUCUUUGCACUGCCUACUUGGCCUGGUUUGUGUGUGUGUGCCUGUUUGAGGGAGAACAAGACCAUUCUUGUGAGUGAGUCAUCGCUUUGUGUCAUGAUGACUGUGUGCUGUCACUCUGCGCCACUCAGAGGAGAAAGACCGUGGGAUGACUGAAGGUCCAACGGAGAGGACGGGUGGAGACAGACAGUUGUUCCGUGGAGAUCCUUCGGACCGACUGGAACCGGGCCCACGUGGGCUGUAGGUGGUUUUGUCCAAUGGGCAGCAGCAGCAGUAGCAGGUUGUUUGGGACGAUGGCCCAGGCGUUGAGCAGUUCCUCUCUGGCCCAGCCCGACCCGGACCUGGAUCAGGACCAGGACUUGGUGGAGGUGGAGCCGGAGCAGCUGCUCAGAGAGUGUGAGGAGGCGCUGCGGCGGCGCCCGGCCCGGCCUCACCGGGACCUGGUCCAGCCCAAGCUGCUGGCGCCCUGCAGCCACCAGCACAACCCGUCCAUACGGGUCCUGCAGUGGAACAUCCUGGCCCAAGCUCUCGGUGAGGGGAAGGACAGCUUCAUCCGUUGCCCCCUAGAGGCUCUCAGCUGGCAUGAGAGGAAGUACCAGAUCCUGGAGGAGAUCCUCACCUACCGACCCGACAUCGUGUGUCUGCAGGAAGUAGACCACUACUAUGACACUUUCCAGCCCAUUAUGGCCCGCCUCGGUUAUCAUGGCAACUUCCUACCCAAACCCUGGUCUCCCUGCCUGGAUGUGGAGCACAACAACGGCCCUGAUGGCUGUGCGCUGUUCUACCGCCGCUCGCGCUUCCACCUGCACUCCACAGCCCACCUGCGGCUGUCAGCCAUGAUGCUGCCCACCAACCAGGUGGCCAUCGCUCAGACACUGCGCUGCCUGGCCACGGGCCGCCAGCUGUGUGUGGCCGUCACACACUUGAAGGCCCGCAGCGGCUGGGAGAGGCUGCGGAGCGCGCAAGGCGCCGACCUGCUGCAGAGCCUGCAGGGCAUCACGGCCCCUGGCUCGGGGGCCGGGCCGGGGCCCGUCCCUCUGGUGGUGUGCGGGGACUUCAACGCCGAGCCCUCGGAGGACGUCUACAGGCGCUUUAGCUCCUCCCCUCUGGGCCUGAGCUCCGCCUACAAGCUGCUGAGCGGUGACGGGCAGACGGAGCCGGCGUACACCAGCUGGAAGAUCCGCCCAUCUGGAGAGAGCUGCAGCACUCUGGACUACAUCUGGUACAGCGAGUGCGCCCUGAGGGUGGAGGCGCUGCUGGACAUCCCCACAGAGCAGCAGAUCGGACCCGACCGCCUGCCCUCAUACCACUACCCCUCAGACCACCUGGCCCUGCUCUGUGACAUCAGCUUCAGGGAGGGGCCUCACAGGCUGCUGUAGGCAGCCAAUCACAGCUCUAGCUGAAACCAGGACAGCCACAUCAGAGGAACCUGACCUUUGACCUGAUGCUGAGCUUCUCUUAAACCUUCCUGUUUAUGUGAAGCUGACUGCUGUAGAAUCUCUUCUGCUGGAAAUCAGAUGGUGAGACUGAACAGCCGGGGGAAGCGAUAUGGAGGGGGGAGGGGCUCCUGGGUAUCUGGCUCUAUGAGGACCUGAGGGUUUCAUUUCCUGACAUUUGAUCACUGCAGUUAUUUAUAAAUAGCCUGACUGUCUUAAAUUAUUCCUUAUACUCUGUAAGGUUCUACUGUACUGGGUAGUGAUGUGGGUGGGCACUGGGGGGUCAUGUUGUCAUGACAGCAACAACACUUCAUGAUUGCUAUUGGUAAUAAAGUGAUUGUUUUUACUCUGAA